CAGUGUUUGUAUUUAUAUACAUAUACAUAUUGUAAAUUGUCACGCAACUCCUCAAAGUACAUCUGCUUUCUACGAUCUGUCUCUGUUUUAUUAUAUUCUUUCCCAUUUCUCUCUUGAAAGGUGAAAGGUUCUCUCCAAGAAUACAGAGAUCCUUUCUCUACCUAUUCUUCUAUUCUCUGUAUAUCUUGUGAUUUGGGAAAGAAAUGUCAAAACAAGGGGCUUUUGAUCUGGCAUCUGGGGUUGGUGGCAAAAUUAACAAGGAGGAAGUUCUCUCUGCUGUUGACAAGUAUGAGAAGUACCAUGGUUAUUACGGAGGUGAAGAAGAAGAGAGAAAGAAUAACUAUACGGACAUGGUUAACAAAUACUAUGAUCUUUGCACUAGCUUCUACGAAUACGGCUGGGGAGAGUCAUUCCAUUUUGCACCCAGGUGGAAAGGAGAAUCACUCCAAGAGAGCAUUAAGAGGCAUGAGCACUUUCUUGCCUUGCAACUGGGAUUGAAACCAGGACAAAAGGUGUUGGACGUAGGAUGUGGAAUUGGUGGGCCGUUAAGAGAAAUUGCUCGAUUCAGCUCUACAUCAGUUACAGGCCUCAACAACAAUGAAUACCAGAUAUCUAGGGGACAGGUGUUGAACCGCAAAGUAGGAUUGGAUCAGACUUGCAACUUUGUAAAGGGUGAUUUCAUGAAAAUGCCAUUCCCUGACAAUAGCUUUGAUGCAGUGUACGCAAUAGAAGCUACCUGCCAUGCACCAGAUCCAGUUGGAUGCUAUAAAGAGAUUUACAGGGUGCUGAAGCCUGGUCAAUGUUUCGCUGUGUAUGAGUGGUGCAUGACCGAUUCUUACAACCCCAAUAACGAGGAGCACAAGAGAAUCAAGGCCGAAAUUGAGCUUGGAAAUGGCCUCCCUGAGGUUAGAUUGACAACACAGUGCCUCGAAGCAGCCAAACAAGCUGGUUUUGAAGUUGUAUGGGACAAGGAUCUGGCUGACGACUCACCUGUUCCAUGGUACUUGCCUUUGGAUACGAGUCACUUCUCGCUCAGUAGCUUCCGCCUAACAGCAGUUGGCAGACUUUUCACCAGAAAUCUGGUUUCGGCACUUGAAUACGUGGGACUUGCUCCUAAAGGUAGUCAAAGGGUUCAAGCUUUCUUAGAGAAAGCUGCAGAAGGUCUUGUCGGUGGUGCCAAGAAAGGGAUUUUCACACCAAUGUACUUCUUCGUGGUUCGCAAGCCCAUUUCAGACUCUCAGUAAUAUGGAGUUUAGUCACUUAGCUUUUUUGCUUUAGUUAGCAACUCUGUAAGAUUCUUCGCACAGAACUUUACACAUUGAAUAUGACCGCGCUAAUUAAGGUGACUACAGUUUUUGGGAGGGCGUUGUGGGUGGGGGGUUUCUUUUUUUGUGUUGCUUGUCUGACACAAUUGAUUUCAUGUCUUGCUAUUUUUGCCAUUGAUGUCCUUGUUCUAAGAUAUAUGCCUAUUGACAAGCUCAUAAAGGUGGGCAUUUGCUAAUAUAUGGUGUUUCAGGUAAACGAACUUAUUUCUUUGGACUAAUCAAAGAAGACAAUUGUUUGUUUAUGUGAUUCAUCGUGUUCUUGAA